CUUGCAUCUGAUUUUUUCUUCUCUACUCCUUAUGCCUGUGUUUGUGCUCGUCUUGCCCCGUCGCUUUCAUUCAUUGAUUGUGCUGCUCCGCUAUUUUUGACAUUAUGCUUGUGCUGUGAAUUGAGUUUAACAUCUUGCAUGAUUGAAUGAGUGGUAGAAGAAGAAGAAAAGACAAGACAUGGCCUCAGUCGGUUCAGCAUUCCACUCGCUCUCGCACCCGUCACGAAAGACGACCCGUGAAAUGCUAGAGAGGGAGCAGGAUGACGCCAUUAUCCGGACUACAGGCUAUCACCGACGAGACUAUGGCAUGUCUGUUGUCCAUGUCUGGCCCAGCGACCAUUCCAAGGUGCGGUCGUCCAUCUUGACGUCGUCCAUCGUCUCUCGGGCGGGCUUGGGAGACCUUGACCGGCUGCCGGUGGAAUUACUGUUACAGACUCUGCGUCAGAUGGACAUGCAAGCGCUCUUCGACCUUCGUCGGGUCAACCUCCGGGCGCGGCAAGUCGUCGAUUCCCUGAAAGAGUACAAAGCCGCCGUGUCUUACGGCCUGACGGCUUACUGCGCGCUGUUGCGGAUGAGGCUCGCGGCUCACGUCACCCUCCUGGACUUCUACCGAGUGCUGUGUUCUCAGGACUGUACCUUUUGCGGAAAGUUUGGCGGCUUUGUCUUUCUGCCGACGUGGAUCCGCUGCUGCUUCGAGUGUAUCGAGGAGGACCCGGAGACGAGAAUGGUGACCGUUGCCGAAGUACGGAGACUGUUUCGGCUCACCCGCGCGGAAGUCGGCCGGCAACGGUCGUUCCAAGCACUGCCGGGUAUCUACACCACGGGACUGUACUCGAUGGAGAAGUCCUACCAGAGAGGCCGUGUCAAGCUGGUGCCUUAUUUCCCUGCCAUGAAGGAAUUCGGCGAUCGGCUGGACACGAGCGCGGCACGCUCGCAGCAUCAGCCCUUUUGGGACCCAAUCCACAAUUUCAUGGCGUCGUGCGAACUGCCGUACUAUGAUCCGCGGGCCCGGACGGUCGAGUAUGGAAUAUCAUGUGCCGGCUGUGAGAGGAGUAUUGCCGGGCAGGCUCCCGGGCAGGCUCCGUCGAGAGCGACAACCGCUCCGUGGGACAGGGUGUUUUCGCGAGACAACUUCUUGAAGCAUUUCAAGAUUUGUGCACAUGCGCAGAAAUUGUGGGCGUCUAGCCCAGAGGGCGUUCUCGAGGCCAUCAUCAAGCGGUACUAAGUGACGACAGCCGGGAUAAUCACUCGGCUGACCUGAGACUGUUAUACUUGGAACCUCAGGUGGUUAAUCUGAGUCCAGGUUAAGUGACUAUUGGAUGAAGGCCAUGAGCAUGACUCAUGAUCUGUUUAUGACUGGCGUUUGAUUGCAUUGUUCGGAGUCAGGUACGGAUUGCAUAGCACUUGGGUUAUGAUUUAUAGGUAGGCCGUCAUAUUUGAGAUUGGAUCUGUACAUAUGAACUUUACAGGAUGUUGUUGGGAGGUUUAUAUCGUCUAAAAGCACACUCAUACCACACAUUUUACACAUACCAAAAAAAGAGAAAACGAUGUGAUAGUCACCAUUUGUCA